GCCUCGGGGAGCCAUUUGUGGAACGGACCACGUCGGGCCGGGACCAGACUAGCAGACAUGGAGGCGGUGGAGCCGGACUCGGAGCCAAAGGCUGCCAUCCCUGUGGACCUACGGCGGGAACGGCGACUGGUGUGCGUGGAGUACCCAGGCGUGGUGCGUAACGAGGCCAAAAUGCUACAGACUCUGGGCGGCGAGGAAGGCGUCUCUCGAAUCUACACUGACCCCACCAAGAGGCUUGAGCUCUAUUUCCGGCCCAAGGACCCAUACUGUCACCCUGUGUGUGCUAACCGUUUCAGUACCAGCAGCAUGCUGCUCCGGAUCAAGAAAAAGACAAGACGGCAGAGAGGUGCCCUGGGGGCCGAGACCCACCCCCAGGUCACAUUCGACUUGGAAAUCCUUGGCAUCAUCUCCACAAUUUACAAAUUCCAGGGAAUGUCUGACUUUCAGUACUUGGCAGUGCACACAGAAGCAGGUGGCAAGCAUGUGUCCAUGUAUGACAGAGUGCUCAUGCGCAAGCCUGAGAAGGAGGAGUUCUUCCACCAGGAGCUGCCACUCUACAUCCCCCCACCCAUCUUCUCCCGGCUCGACACACCUGUGGACUAUUUCUAUCGCCCUGAGACGCAGCACCGGGAAGGUUAUCACAACCCUUCCAUCUCAGGUGAGAACCUGAUUGGAUUGAGUAGAGCCCGGCGCCCCCAUAAUGCCAUCUUUGUCAACUUUGAGGAUCCUGAGGUACCUCUACAGCCUUUGGAGGCUGCAGUACAGACAUGGAAGAAGGCCUGCACCAAUCCCAUAGAUCAGAAGGUGGAGGAAGAGCUGAGGAAGCUCUUUGACAUUCGUCCCAUCUGGUCAAGAAAUGCUGUCAAGUCUAAUGUCAGUGUCCACCCUGACAAGCUCAAGAUCUUACUUCCCUACAUGGCUUAUUACAUGAUAACAGGUCCAUGGAGAAGCUUGUGGAUUCGAUUUGGCUAUGACCCUCGAAAACACCCAGAUGCCAAAAUUUAUCAAGUCCUUGACUUUCGAAUCCGUUGUGGAAUGAAAUACGGUUAUGGCUCCAGGGACAUGCCUGUGAAAGCGAAGCGCAGCACAUACAACUAUAGCCUCCCCAUCACCGUCAAGAAGACAUCCAACCAGCUUGUCACCAUGCAUGACCUGAAGCAGGGCCUGGGCCCAUCAGGAACAGAUGGCCCACGGAAAUUGACCUACAAUAAGUACAAGCUCAAGGAUUCAGUCUACAUCUUCCGGGAAGGGGCUCUGCCACCCUAUCGACAGAUGUUCUACCAGCUGUGUGAUUUGAAUGUGGAGGAGUUGCAGAAAAUCGUUCACCGCAAUGAUGGGACAGAGAGUGUGUGCACGGAGAGAGAUGGCUGGUGCCUCCCCAAGACCACAGACCACCUGAGGGACACCAUGUCACUCAUGAUUCUGCAGACCAUCCGCUCUGAAAGGCCUGCUCUCUUCUCCGACACAGGUAAGGCUGAUCGUGGGAAAGGGCAGCUGAUGUUUGAGUCUGGAGAGGAGGGUGAGGAAGAAGAGGAGGAGGAGGAUUUCAAGCCCUCAGAUGGGAGUGAAAAUGAGAUGGAGACAGAAAUUCUGGAUUAUGUGUGACAAAGCACUGGUCCCAGGCAACCAGCACAUGCUGGUAUACCAAGAUGGGACAGUUGGGACAGGCCUGUGCCCCCAUCUAGGGCAGUGAGGUGAGGACACUGGACAACCAACAUCAGGCUGGGCUCAGCCUGACUUGACCAAAUGGAUCAGCUCUUUAGUUCCCUGGAAACACCCUGUUGUCUCACAGCUUCCUUCUGUGGAACCAGACACUGUCAUGUGCCUGUCAAGCUGGCCUCCCAAGCCCCCAGGG